UUACUUAUAGUCACUUUCCAUUUUGUGAUGCUCAACAACCUUUUGCCGCACAUCAGAACUAUAUUCUUUGAAUUGAAUCAAAGAUCAAAAGGAUAAACAAUUCAGAUUUUUGUUUCAUUUUUCCCAAGGGAGCCAAUAUUUUAAGCCACUACUGUAUACACUGUAUGUCUGACUGUCAGAUUAAAUAAACACUGGAGAGAAAAAAACUUGAACACUGUGAUUAGGUGAAUGCAAGUUUAAUAGCGGCCACUAGAUGGAGACAAAUGAAAAAAAUCUAGCCGAAAGGAAACCUGUAACUAAAAUAAGGAAAUGACGUACAGUGGGCAGCAUUUCUGCGCUAGACAAGCAGGUGUUAGAAAUGCUUCCAUGGGGAAAUUGUGGUACAGUUGUUCAGUCGUGACAUGAGCGAUUGCAAGACACGACAGUCAGCGAGGGCACGAAUGCAAAGGAGUUGCACAAGGAUGGAGGACCAUUUGAUAGAAGAUGGGACAGUCUUUUACUCGAAGGCAGAACACUACUGGAGGGAAGUCCCACCCACUGUGGAUGGAAUGCUGGGAGGUUAUGGCAGCAUUUCCAGCAUUGACAUUAAUGGCUCCAAAAAGUUCCUCCAAAAAUUCCUUGGGGAAGGCCAGGGUAAAACUGGGACUGGUUGUGCUCUGGACUGUGGGGCUGGAAUUGGCCGUAUCACCAAGCGGCUGCUCCUGCCGCUCUUUCAAACGGUGGACCUAGUGGACGUCACUCAGGAGUUCCUGGAUAAAGCUCGUACAUAUCUGGGUGAGGAGGGCAAGCGGGUAGAGAACUACUACUGCUGUGGCCUGCAGGAAUUUCAGCCCCAGCCGGAACGCUAUGAUGUCAUAUGGAUCCAGUGGGUGAUUGGUCACUUGACUGACGACCACCUUGUGGAAUUUUUGAGGCGUUGCCGGAGUGGUCUGCGUCCAGACGGCUUCAUUGUGGUGAAGGAUAAUGUUGCGUAUGAAGGUGUAAUACCUGAUGAUGUGGACAGCAGCGUGUGUCGGGACCUAAAUCUACUACACCGCCUAGUGGCCAGGGCUGAACUCAGCAUCAUCUGUGAGGAGCAGCAGCAGAACUUCCCUGAGGAGAUCUAUCAAGUCCACACUCUCGCUCUCAGAUAGCUGCGAGCAUCAAGUGUGAACCUGUUUGUUUGAAGCCAAUGAAUGUAAGAGGAAAUUGCCUAGGAUCAUUGUUAGCUACAUAAGGCUAUUUAUUACUGCCAAUGUGAUUGCUGUUUUUAAAAUAGCACAGGCCUGAAACAUGACUGUGGGAUUUUAAGUUUGUAAGAAGUGAUAGUUGUAAGGUUCCAGCUGACCUCUAAAUGAUAAUGUUACAGUUAGGGUUUAUAGCGGUCAUGAAUAGUGGAUAAGUGGCUAAUGGUAGCUUUUCAGAAAUCCAAAUAGCUUUACACUCCAACUGAUAUUCAAUACAAAGUCUGGGGAAAUAGGGUUUUACCACAGAGAACCAAUAUGAAAAAAUAUAAUCUAUGCAUGCCACCUCUUAUGUUUAUAAGUGGAUCUACUUAAGACUGUUAAAACAGAGUUUAGCAUGUAUCUGUGGGUCAGAACAGAGUGAAUGAAAACAUUUUAAUUAUGAGAAUUUGAGUCUAUACAAGUUUAUGUGUAUAUUUAUAGCUACUCUAAAGUGAACCACAGGUUUUAUUUUUUCUUAAAGUAAUAUCUGAGCUGUCUCUGAAUGAAAAUGUUAUUCUACAGAUUCACUGUAUUAAAUAUAUCAGUGUUUAAAUUCUUAAUUAUUUUUAUUUUUCCACAAAUGAGCACCUUUAUUUUUUUAUUUUUUUUGGACUAAAUGAGCUAUACUUACUGUCUUUGGGCCGUUAAUGUAGCAUGAAACAAAGAAUCAGUUCCUUUAUUUUAUUAAAAAAUUAUUUAAACGAUUUUCAAAAAAGGGAACAGGUAAUUACAAAUGUAUUUCCAAUUUUUUAAUUAAAAUUUAAAUCAAUAGAAUUUGGAAUCAGAGGAUCAAAUGAUGAACAAUAAUUCUUGUACAAUAUGAACAAUGAAUUUUAGAAUAAUAGUAAAGUCAUCAAAACUAUGGAAUAACAAAUGGAACUAUGGGAAUUAUGUUGUGACUAAACAAAAUCCAAAAUAAAUCAAAACUGUGUUAUAUUU